UGGUCCCUCCGUGCUUUCCGUAUGUUUUCAGAGCUGCUUGUCAUGUGAGUCCAGUAAUUGUCAAAACAUUUAGAGAAUCCUGACUUUAUCAAAUCAGCAUUUUAUUUAUUUUCUAUUACAUUAAAUUGCAAGAAUGCUCUCCCGUUUAUUAAAAGAACACCAAGCGAAACAAAACGAAAGGAAAGAGUUACAAGAAAGACGGAGACGAGAGGCCAUAGCAGCUGCAACAUGUUUGACAGAAGCCCUGGUGGAUCAUCUAAAUGUAGGGGUGGCGCAGGCCUACGUCAAUCAGCGCAAGUUGGACCAUGAGGUGAAGACUCUGCAGGUUCAGGCCAGUCAGUUUGCCAAGCAGACGGCCCAGUGGAUCAGCAUGGUGGAGAACUUCAACCAGGCCUUAAAAGAGAUCGGAGAUGUGGAGAACUGGGCACGAAGUAUCGAGAUGGACAUGCGGACGAUCACUACAGCUCUAGAGUACGUGCAUAAAGGCCCGGUUCAGCCCGCGUCCUCAUGAGCGGAUGGACUCUGAUGGUCCAAAAUGGACUAAAACUCUUGAGGCUUUUCCUCCAACUGUUGGAGAAACUUGGACACUGUUAUUUGAGACAUUUGUGUCUCGUUUAUUCUAGUGAAGAACUGCUGGUGUAGCUGUUUGUGUACAAUUCGGUUCAUUUUAUUUUUGUUUUAUAUAUCAAUGUGCUUGCGUAAUAAAAAAAAAACUGUUGUGCUAUAA